UCUAGGGACCCUAGAAAACAGGUCCCUACAUGUGGCGUCCUGUAGCCUCGAGGCAGGGGCUGUGGGGCCCUGAUUUCCCAGCAAAGAACGAUGCAUGUCCAGCCCCCCUGAAGAGAACAGUCUGGAAAAAGAUGCUUGGCUCUGAACAAUGUACCUGGGACCUUGGGCUGCAGCCCCAGAGAUUCGUCUGCAGCCCCAGAGAUUCGUCCCUGGGGCUGGAGGGUGGGCUCAGCAGGGGGCCUUGAGACCCUCGUGUCCCCUCAGGGGCCUUCCUGUCCAGGGUCCUGGAGCCCCCAAGGCCUCGGGCCAGCUGAGGCCAGGGUCCAACCUGGAUUUCCCGGGGGCAGGUGGGUGACAUGGCCAUAACCGUUGGCUCCAACCCGCCUGGUACUAAGAUCCCCAGAAAGGGCCCCUCUCGGAUGGGUCUGCUGCCCCCCACCACACGUGCGGAGAAGGGUCUCCAGGUGGCCUCCCCAGUCCGGCGUGGCCCUCAGGCAGCUCCCCCCAGACUGGAGGAAGCAGAAGCUUCUUGCUUUCUGCAAAGGAAGAGGUAUGGUGCGUGCACAGGGCAGCACCCGCUGGCCGGCACCCACCCCUGGCCUGAGCCCCUCAGCCCCUUCCCCUGCACCCUCUGCCCGCCGAAGCUCCAGGCACCACCGGAGUGGCGUGGGCAGGGCUGCAAAGCCCGGUCCCCAAGGCCUGCCCCCCCCAACUCCCUGCUGCCGCCUCCCAUCUGCCCUGUGCUCUGCUUAUCGGGUAACCAGAGCCGGGAGCUCUGUCCACGCCUGAAACAGGAAGCCCAGGCCUGUGCGUGAGCCGCAUAGAGCCGGCCGGGUGGCUGGGGCCAGAGGAUGGAGGAGCAGCGGGCACUUGUGGCCGCCCAGGAUGGGGAUCUGGCCACCCUGGAGCAGCUGCUGGAGGCGGGUGCCCUGGGCCCAGGCAUCACCGAUGCCCUGGGGGCCGGCCUGGUGCACCACGCCGCUCGGGCUGGCCACCUGGCCUGCGUCAAGUUCCUGGUGCAGCGGGCCCAACUGCCCGGCAACCAGCGGGCCCACAACGGGGCCACACCGGCACACGAUGCCGCCGCCACAGGCAGCCUGGCCGAGCUGUGCUGGCUGGUGCGCGACGGGGGCUGCGGUCUGCAGGACCAGGAUGCCUCGGGCGUCUCCCCACUGCACCUGGCCGCGCGCUUCGGACACCCGGUGCUGGUGGAGUGGCUGCUCCGAGGGGGCCACGAGGCCACGCUGGAGACGCUGGAGGGGGCCUUGCCGCUGCACCACGCCGCCGUCAGCGGGGACCUGACCUGCCUGAAGCUCCUGACCGCUGCCCACCGCAGCGGCGUGAACCGGCGGACGCGCAGCGGCGCCUCCCCGCUCUACCUGGCGUGCCAGGAGGGCCACCUGCACCUGGCGCAGUUCCUGGUGAAGGACUGCGGCGCCGACGUGCACCUGCGUGCCCUCGACGGCAUGAGCGCGCUGCACGCCGCCGCCGCCCGCGGCCACUACUCGCUCGUGGUCUGGCUGGUCACCUUCACGGACAUCGGCCUGACGGCGCGGGACAACGAGGGGGCCACCGCCCUCCACUUUGCAGCGCGAGGCGGCCACACGCCCAUUCUAGACCGGCUCUUGCUGAUGGGCGCCCCCCUCAUGAGGGACUCCUGGGGUGGGACCCCCCUCCACGACGCAGCGGAGAACGGGCAGCUGGAGUGCUGCCAGACCCUGAUCUCCCACCGCGUGGAUCCCGCCCUGCGGGAUGAGGACGGCUACACGGCUGCAGACCUGGCGGAGUACCACGGCCACCGCGCCUGUGCCCAGUACCUGCGCGACAGCACCCGGCCGGUGCCGCUCUUGAUGACGCCCCCGCCCCCUCCGUUCCCCCCACCUCCACUGUCGGCUGCAGGGCACUCCCUGGAGGACGGAAGAAGGGGGCGCCCAGGUCUCGGGAAUCCCAGCUCGUUUCUCAGCCCAGCCUGGCCCGGCCAGCCUGACCAGCCUCUUCCAGGGGAGGAGACCGCCCGCGCAGCACCCCCAAGGGUCACCACCAGUGCCAUGGCCAUCCCCACGAGGGCGGAGACGGCGGCGGGGGGCGCUCCAGACAGCUUAGUCGCGCUGCCGCUGGAUGGGCUGCCCUCGGGCGACCUCGACGGGCUGGUGCCCACGCGGGAUGAGCGCGGCCGGCCCAUCCCCGAGUGGAAGCGGCAGGUGAUGGUGCGGAAGCUGCAGGCGCGCCUGAGUGUAGCUUCAGCGCCUGAGGCCCAGGACGACGGUGGCGGUGCGGGCCCCCCAGAGGAGGCGGCCUGGCGGUACUCGCAGACCCACCAGGCCAUCCUGGGCCCCUUCGGGGAGCUGCUGACCGAAGACGACCUGGUGUACCUGGAGAAGCAGAUCGCCGACCUGCAGCUGCGGCGCCGCUGCCAGGAGUACCAGAGCGAGCUGGGCCGGCUGGCGGCCGAGCUGCAGGCCCUGCUGCCCACGCCCCUGGUCAGCAUCACCGUCAACAGCCACUUCCUUCCCGGGGCGCCCGGACCAGAGGGCGAGGAGGCCCGCACCCUCGAGGCCCAGCCCGAGCGCUCCGCAGCGCCCUCAGCAGGCGGGCAGCCCCUGCCCUUCUGGUGCAGCCACGUGGCCCGGCUGGUGCGCAGCUUGUCCCUGCUGCUGAAGGGCGUGAACGGGCUGGUGCAGGGCGAGGAGAGGCCCCCCCAGGAGGUCCCCAGGGAGGUCCCCAGGGAGGCUCUGGCCAGCCCCCCGCGGAGCGAGGCCCAGCGCGAAAUCCAGGAGUGUGGGGUGUCUGUGCAGACCCUUCGAGGCAACUUCGAGUCAGGCCGGCCCUGCACCCCAGGCCCCGGCCCCUGUGAGCUGGGGGCCCAGCCCAGGCCGUGCCCAAGAGGCUGCUGGCCCAUCCCCCUGCCGCCCCGCGGAGGGGAGCCCGGGCCAGGUGACACAGAGGAGGCCAGCGAUUCGGGCAUCAGCUGUGAGGAGGCCCCGUCGGAGGCGGGCGCCGCGCCGGGCCCCGACCUGGCCAGCCUCCGCAAGGAACGCAUCGUCAUGCUCUUCCUCGGCCACUGGAAGAAGUCGGCCUACAGGCCGGCUCUCAAGACGGCGGCCUGCAGGACCCUGGAGGCCCGGCGCGUGGGGCCGCUGGGGCAGGAGGCAGCCAGGGGCCCUCGGCUGCCCGCCCCGCUGCCCAGCGAGAGCCCGCGGCUGGGCCACCUGUGGCAGCAGCGCAGCGCCAUCGCCCACCUGCUGGGCAACUGGAAGGCCAUCCUGGCCCACGUACCCACCCGGCAGCUGCGGCGGCUGAGCCGGCGGCCCCGCGGCCCCCUGUCCCCGGAGCAGUUCCUGCCCCACGUGGACGGGGCGCCCGUGCCCUACAGCAGCCUCACGCUGGACCUCUUCAUGCUGGGCUACUUCCAGCUCCUGGAGUGCGACCUGCCGGCCGAGGAACGCAAGAUGCGCCACCUGCUCUGCUUCGAGGUCUUUGAGCACCUGGGCGCCCACGGCUGGGAGGCCGCCCGCGCCUUCCACAAGGCCGUGACCGACGAGGUGGCCGCUGGCCGCCGUGCCUGGACGGACGGCUUCGAGGACAUCAAAGCCCGCUUCUUUGGCUCCAGCCGUGGUCCAGCCUGGGACCCGGAGCCUGGCCGCAAGUCGGGCCUGACCCCGCUCGGGCCCCUGCCCCACGCCACGUUCCCCAGUAGUGGCCCUGAGCCCACAGCACAGAGGCUGCGGUCGGGCCCCCAGCGGGGCAGCUUCAAUAGCGAGGACAUCUGUGGCUACAUCGACCGGAGUUUCGCCUUCUGGAAAGAGAAAGAAGCCGAGAUGUUCAGCUUUGGGGAGUGAGAGAGGCCCCCAGCCUGCCUCCCUCCAGAGGGGGUUUUGGGGGGGGGUGUCUUGGCUUUCUCUUCUCUUUUCCUUUUCACCCACCUGGUGGCCAGGGGACCCCUGAGGUCAGGCCAGCCGACGCCCAGUGUGCUAGCUUCCCCCUCCAGCCCUGCCCCUGCCAGGUCCCUCCUCAGCUGAGGGACUCCCAGUGUCCCCGUCAGCCCUGAAGUUGGAUGACUUGCCGUCUCAGCCCUCAGUCUCUGCCAGGUCCUCCCUCGGGCACCGUGAUGCCAGCCUGUGUUCCCUGGCGGCCCUCCUUCCAGUUUCCACUGAAUCACCUGGAUGUUCUGUCCCUCAGUCCCUCUGGCGCCGGUGGCUCUGGCCACAUCCCCAGCCUGUCUACCCUCCGCUGGUCUGCAUGGGGUCCUUUUAGUGACCGUGGCCCUGCCCCAUCCUCUCCAGCCCCCUUUCCCCACCUGUCAGUGGGGGGAGCUGGAGGCCACAGGACAGGAUGGGCAGGAGGCUUCCUGUCGGACCAGACUGCCCUCCUGAUCCUCCGGGUCAGGGAGGUGGCCCCUCCUGCCCUGUGCGGUGGUCACACGCAGCCACCUGCUGACAGACACGUGUUCAGCUCCCGGCCUCUCUGGUGCCCCCCGCCCCCAGGGUGGUCCGGAGGUCUGGUUCCCUGAAGGAGGGCUCCCUGCGGGGCUCCGGCCCCCAGCCGACCAGCAUCCCCCCUUCCAGGCCACACGGCCCGAGGCCACGCAGGGCCCCACCUGCAGGCUCAUGAAAGCAGGGACAUAAGGAACAUUUUCCAGAAAAGUGGUGGUUACGGGACUCUGGACAGAGGGUGCUGGCGCCCCACCCGCAAAGGUGGGCCACUGGGCCCAGAGGGGAUGUGCAGGCUGGAAGGCACUGAGGUGCGGCCACUGCUUGUGGUCACCAGCCACCGCCCCACGCCUUCUCCACGAGGGACCAAGGGCAGGAGACGGAUGCCCCCCACCCCCGGGCCUCCAGGUGUGCAGAGUGUCGCAUGAACAGGCUGCUGGGGGCGGACCCCGAACGGCUGGUCAAGGGAUGCGGCUCGUUCCCAGCCCCUAUGGCAGCCCGUUGGGGGCCCAAGGUGGGGUGGGCGCAGAGUCCGGACACCUGAGGGGAGAGGUGUCCUGCCGCUGCCCGAUGGCCCCCGUAAGGCAGUGUUUGCGGAAGUGGUUUCCAGAAUCUUCCACAGGCCCCCGCCUUCCUGAAGCCAACCGCCUUGGGACAGGGGUCUCUUGCAGUGUCCCCACCCGCCUGCAGAGCUUGGAGCAGCUGGCAAGCUGUGGGAUGGAACAGAGGGUCCUCCCAGGUGGCUGGCCUGAGGUCACAGGAACGAUAGAAAGUUUGGGGGAGCAGGGCGAGGUGCUGGCACUGGCUCUAGUUCCCUCGGCCAGGUGACACUGGGUGUCAGUUUGCUAAACAAAGACCCCCAUUCCUGGCCAGCCUUCUGCUCACACACGUUGCCCUGUGCCCACAGAGAGUGGUGAGACACCCGUGUCCAGAGCCGGCCCGCCGGGUGGGCACCCAGACCCCAGUCCUCAGCUCAGCUCGGCUGAGGUGCCCAAGGCAGCAUCCUUAGCUCCGCAGAGCCUCCACUUCCUCAUCUGUGAAAUGGGUGUGGUGUUGUCCUGUCCACGCCCAGGGACCUGGUGAGGGAGGACUCGGGGGUGUCACUGUCCUGGGGCAACAGUGACACUGGCUGCCUGUGUCGGUAUUUUAAGGAGCCGGUUCUGACGAGAGGGCGCUGACUCCUGGCAGCCGCAAGCAUUCUGAAGACCCGGCUUUUGGCCUCCAAACUCUUAACCUUUGGGGGCCAGACAAGGGCCCGUUCCCAGGGUGCUUCUGCUGGCGGGGUGCAGGUCCGGUGGGCUGGGGUGAGCCCGAGGUGGGGUCAGAAGAGGCUGGGCACACUGACGUCUCCCUCCCUGUGUGUCACCCUCAGGACACGGUGGUUCCAAGGGCCUCACCACGGGGCAGCUGGGAGCGGGGUGGGUGGCAGAACCCAGCCUCAGAGGUAACCUUCUGGCCAGAGGCGCUCAGGAGAGCACUUAGCAGGGGGUCAGCUCGCCCACUUGCUGUGACCUUGGCCAUGUCCGUCUGUGGCCUCCAAGCCUCCUUUUCCCAGUGGAGGGGCUGGGCCAAGGCCGGCUGGGAGCGGCCCAUGAGCAUCCAAGUCCCAAGAGGACUGGCUCAGGGUGGGCUGCCAGGUGACAGCUGAGGCGGGGGCUCAGACCUGGGCCUUAGGCCUGGGUGGUGGAAGAGGGCUUCUCUGCUGGGCACUCACGGGAGGUCCCCAGAGGCCCUUCUGCCGACCCCCUGCCUCUGGGGGGGGGUGCCCUUCUUAUAAAACAUGGUACCCGAAGAGCCGCCCCCCAGAUCCGAGGCCCCAGGCCCUGGCUGGGCCUGGGCUGGGCCUGAGAAAGCUGGGGUUUGGGGUUUUUUGU